AUGAUCAUUCCCAAGGCGGAGCUGACAGCCAGCGGGCGGCCGCGGCUGGCGCAGGGCGAGAUAGAGCGUGCGUUGCUGGACAAGGUGGAUGUGGAAUUUGAAGGCAGCGGCCGUGCAGACGGCGCGGAGCCGGCGCCGCGCUACCAGGACGGCUACGCCAUCGUGACAAGCCACCGGCUGAUCUGGAUCGACGCAGCGGCGGCGCCGCGCCCCGGCCGCUCCUGCGCGCUGCCCGUGGCGGCGCUGCACAGCGCAGCCAAGCGCACCCACUACGGCCUCAACAUCAUGAACCCAAAGGCACGCGGGGGCUGGUGGGGCCUCGAGACAGUGCGUGUUGAGCUGCAGGUCUACGUCAAUGCAGAGCGAAGGCCCUGCGCCGCCCACGAGAGCCUGCGGUACUGCGCGCUGGCGCUGCGCUGCCGCGGCCCCGCGCCAGACACGUUCCUGGAGCACAUCACCCAGGCCCUGGCACACCACCAGCAGGCAGCCGCGGCGACAGGCCCAGCAGGCGCGGCAGGCUCGGGUGGGGCGUCGCUGGCAGGGCCGCGGUCGCAGGUGCAGCAGCAGCAGCGGGCCGACGACCAGGGCGGAUGGGGCGCGCAGGCGACGCAGGACGGCUGGGGCGCGCCCGCGGGUCCCGCGGUGGCGGGAGCGGCGGCGCCAGCGGGCCAGGGGCCGUCAAAGGGCGCGUCUGCAUCCGAGGUUGACGCGUCGUACCUCAGAGCCAUCGUGGACAUGGGCUUCCCCCGCAACCGCACCGUCCGCGCGCUGAUUGCGACCCGCAAUGAGGGCGUGCAGCAGGCCAUUGAUUGGAUGCUCGCGUUCGGGGACCUGCCCGGCAUAGACGAUCCAUUGGACGACGAGCGGCCACAGGGCCGCCCACAGACUCCGCAGCAGCAGCAGCAGCAGCAGCAGCAGCAGCAGCAGCAGCAGCAGCACGGGGACAGCACGCCGGGCGUGGGCGGCGGGCCCAUGAGCGAGGCGCGGCGGCAGUGGCAGCAAAAGCAGCAGCAGCAGCAGCAGCAGUGGCGCCCGUCGUCGCCCGGCGCAGCCGCCCACCCUGGCGUCGCCCCCAGCAGCGGAGCGUUCGCCAACCCCUUGCUGCAGCCCGCCGCGCCCUGGAGCGCCGGUGGCAGCGCGAGCCCCGGAUUCAGCGGCGGCAGCACCGGCAGCGGUGGCGGCGGCGGGGGCGGCGGCGUGGGCGUCGCGGGCAUCAUGGCGCGGGAGCAGUCCAAGGCGGCGGUGGCGGGCCAGGCCCUGGGUGCGGCGUUCUCUGACCUGCGGGCUCUGAUGGCCGCGGCCCAGGAGAUGGUGGACCUGGCAGAGCGCUUCAGGAGCCAGGGGGCCGCGGCAGGCGCGUCGGGCGGCGGCGGCGGCGAGGAGGGCGGCGGCGGUGAGGAGGCGGCGGCGCUGGACCGUGAGGCGCAUGUGGCGCUGAUGGCCAUGGGGAUCGUGAGCCCCGUGACGCGCGCGAGCGCGGGGGCGCAGUACCACCAGCAGAUGGCGCGGCAGCUGUCGGACUUUUUGGAGUCCCCCCUCGCCAAGGCUGGCGGCAUCCUCAUGCUGCCGGACGUGUACUGCCUCUUCAACCGCGCGCGCGGCACUGAGCUCGUGUCCCCAGACGACCUGCUGGCGGCCUGCGAGCUCUUCGAGGCGCUUGGACUGCCGCUGCGCCUGCGGCGCUUCGCCAGCGGCGUCAUCGUCGUGCAGGGCGCGCAGCACACCGACGCGGCGCUCUGCCGCAGGAUCGGGGCGCUCGUGGCCCCGGGCGGUGGCGGGGGGGCGGGGGACGCGCUGGGGCCGGCGCUGUCUGCGACCGCCGUGGGCAUGGCGCUGGGGCUGCCCGUCGCGCUCGCGAGGGAGGCGCUGCAGGUGGCGGAGGCCGCGGGCGUGCUGUGCCGCGACGACGGCCCCGAGGGCCUGCGGUUCUUCCGCAACUUCUUCGCCGACGACGCGGUGGCGCGCGCCGCGGCGGCGCUUCUGGCGGCGUGA